CAACUUCCAUCUUUAAUGGCUGUAGGUGUAAGGCACUACACCGUAAGGUUCAUGGAACUUGAAUCAUCAUCACUCAUGAAAUGCUCGCUCUCGUCUUCACCUCUAUAUAGAAAGCAAUCAGUUCACUUCUCCAACUCUUCUAGUCAAAGAUAUAAUCAAUGUUGUUCAUUGUCGAUGAAUGGAUGCCAAGGCGAUUCAAGAGCUCCUAUUGGAACCGUUGAAACUCGAACUUUGCCUGCAGUUUCUAGCCCUGCAUUGGCCAUGGAACGUCUCAAUUCUGCCAUCUCCGAUAUGAUUAAGUCCGAUCCUCCGCCUUACAAUUCCGGCAUUAUUCGCCUUGAGGUGCCAAUUGAAGAGCAGAUUGAAGCACUUGAGUGGCUUCAUGCCCAGAACCAUCUCCUCCUCCCUCGCUGCUUCUUCUCCGGUCGAAGAGUUGCUUCUGAAAUGUGCAUCAACGGAGCUUCUUCUCAUUCUAAAUUGGUCAGUGUAGCUGGUGUCGGUUCAGCUGUCUUCUUUACUCAUUUACGUCCCUUCUCAUUAGACGAUUGGCGUGCUAUAAGAAGGUUCCUCUCCAAGAAAUGUCCACUAAUUCGUGCUUAUGGGGCAAUCCGAUUUGAUGCAACAGCCGAUAUAGCUUCUGAAUGGAGUGCUUUUGGCUCAUUUUAUUUCAUGGUUCCUCAGGUUGAGUUUGAUGAGCUUGAAGGAAGUUCAAUUAUUGCUGCAACUAUUGCAUGGGAUAAUGCUGCAUCAUGGACAUACCAGAGGGCAAUAGAUGCACUUCAGGCAACAGUAUGGCAGCUUUCCUCCGUUCUUAUAACAGUGCAGAAGAAAAAUCCUCAUUCACAUAUACUCGACAGUACUCAUGUGCCGGGUAAAGCGUCUUGGGACAAUGCGGUUAAGCGUGCUUUGCAAAUAAUAAGCAGAAAUGACCCCGUACUGAUCAAGGUGGUACUUGCUCGUAGCACCAGAGUUGUGACAGCUGCAGAUAUUGAUCCGCUAACAUGGCUGGCUUGCUUAAAGGUUGAAGGAGAAAAUGCAUAUCAGUUCUGUUUGCAACCUCCCCAUUCGCCGGCAUUCAUUGGAAACACUCCAGAGCAGCUAUUUCAUCGGGACCGCCUCAGCAUUUGUAGUGAGGCUUUAGCUGGAACACGGGCUAGGGGUGGAUCAGAGCUUCUGGAUCUUAAGAUAGAACAGGAUUUACUAUCCAGUGCUAAAGACCAUAAUGAGUUUGCUAUAGUACGGGAGUGCAUAAGAAGAAGAUUGGAGGCUGUGUGUUCAAGCGUUUUAAUUGAACCAAAGAAAGCAAUAAGAAAAUUUACAAGAGUUCAGCAUCUUUACGCUCGAUUGAGGGGGAGACUCCAAGCUGAAGAUGAUGAGUUUAAGAUUUUGUCGUCCGUGCACCCUACUCCAGCAGUUUGUGGGUAUCCUACAGAAGAUGCACGGGCUUUUAUUUCAGAAACUGAAAUGUUUGACCGAGGAAUGUAUGCUGGUCCUGUUGGUUGGUUUGGAGGGGAAGAGAGUGAAUUUGCUGUUGGAAUAAGGUCAGCUUUGGUUGAAAAGGGUCUUGGUGCAUUAAUUUAUGCGGGAACUGGGAUAGUGGAAGGAAGUGAUUCAUCUCUAGAAUGGGAAGAGCUAGAGCUAAAGACUUCGCAGUUCACCAAAUUGAUGAAACUUGAGGCACCUCUUUUGACUAGAGGACAAAGUAGGAUUAUCAAUCAGAAUCAGAAAGUGAGAUGACAUUUUCUUGGAGGAGAGAUGACGUACGUCAAUCAUAUGAUAUAAUACCGUUAUCUUCAGCUUUUGAUAGCAAAUCAGAUAUACGAUUUAGCUUUCAGCUUUAGUUACCAAAAUGCAAGAGAAAUCAACACCCAAAUUUUCAUUCUUAUUGUUUGUUCAAUAUUUAUGUAAUCAGUAGUUGCCUUAGCAAGCUUAUGCCCUUCCAUUGAAAUAACACAAGAAGUAGAAAAUUUGUAUAAAUGAUUACCUUGUACAGAUGUAUAUACUUUUUUUGUU